AUGGCCAAAAAUGACGAUGCAGAAAAGCAAAAAAGAUUUGAUCCGCUUACAGGAAGAAUAAUCCAAGUAAGUUCAAAUAAUGGUUUCAGUAUGUUCAGAAAUGAAAUGGCAAAAGAAGAAGUUUGUUUUUCAAAGAUAAAAACUGGGCUAGAAGCUAAACAUUUCGCUCCGUUUGAAAUUUUUGAAAGAGAAAAAGAACGCCAAGGAGGGACUUUUACUCCAAUAAAUGAGAGUGAUAACCAGCAUAAGAAGAAACUUUCGCAUCUUGCAAACUUUCACACAGGAUCCUCAAGCCAUCAAGAUCCUGUUUUCAAGAGAUUUUUUGAUUCUUGGGUUAACCCUGUCAUUGGAGUUUCUAAAGACAGGACGUUGGAAGCACAAUUAAACAUAACGUUACCUAGGCAAAGAGGGUUUAAACAAGGGUCAGAAGCUUUGGUAUUUUCAAAACUAGACCUUGAAAAUAUUAAAGUGAUUGGUCAAGUUGAUAAUAAGUUCAUUGCAUGUCUGAUGAUGCUGUUGAGAGAAAAGGAGGAUGAAUCAACCAUUUUGGUGCUCAUCGAUCAACAUGCAGCACAUGAAAGAAUCAGGCUCGAACAACUUGAAGAUGAAUUUUUGAAGGAUGUUGAGGAAUCUAGUGGCAGCGUUAGGUCAGAGUCUUUCAGCUCGCCAGUUCAUCUCAAUAUAACAAUUCGAUCUGAUCUCAACUUUAGAAACCUGAAAAGCUCCUUUCAAAGAAUAGGCGUAGAAUAUGCAAUUAUUAGCGAAUUCCAACAGAAUGAUAAAAUGCAUAUUGACCUUAAAAUAACCAAAAUGCCUGCCAUUUUUGUAAAAAAGAUGGGCAAGACGGGAGAUGAUGCUAAAUGUGUCUUAGAAAAUUCGACAAUGAAAGAAUUGCUGUAUAGCCAUAUUGAAAGAUACCAAGAAAACUCGUUACAUGCCCAUGUGAUUCCACACUCGAUACACAACGUUUUGUGUUCGUAUGCAUGUCAUGGUGCAAUCAAAUUUGGUGACCCGUUAUCCUUGGCUCAGUGCCAGUCAAUGAUACAGUCCCUCUCUAAAUGUAAGCUGCCGUUCCAAUGUGCACAUGGUCGACCAAGUGUUGCACCUCUGAUCAAUUUGUCAUCGCUUACCAACCAUACACAUAGUGGCGAAAGUGUAAACUUCUCGAGGCUGAGAAAAUGA